GGUUAGUUUUAUGUCCCAGCUAAUAGCACAUUGGAAAUUGGCAAAUUGCAUUUGAUUUGCACUUUCCAUCCUGUGGCACGUGCCACAUAACCCUUCUCACGUGCCAAGUCAAUCCCCUAGUAAACUACUCUAGUCCAAGACUCAACCCUCUCUCUCGGUCUGCGAACAACUCAACACAGAACGGCAACAACUCCAGCUUCAGCAAUCUGCAUCCAUUGCUCUUCAAAACGACGCCGUUUCCAUCAAUAAAAGGGGCGUGACCUGAGAUCAACCAUCAACCAUGUGGCGGAGGCUACUCUCUUCUAACCUCAAAUCCCUAAUUUCCCAUUCUGCCCCUCUUUCAUCUACCACUCCCCGAUCNUCUGCUUCCGCCGCCGCCAGAUUCGCCACUGCCGCCACCGCUUCCCACUCCUCCACCCUCCUUUCCCGCCACUUCUCCACCCAAUCUGAUGAUGGUAAAGCAGUGAAGAAGACUGUUCAGGAUGUAAUGCCAAUUGCUACUGGGCACGAAGCUGAGGAGAUUCAGGCUGAUCUUGAGGGGAGGGAUAUCCUUGAAAUAGAUCAUCCUGAAGGUCCUUUCGGUACAAAGGAAACACCAGCUGUUGUUAAAUCUUACUAUGAUAGAAGGAUAGUUGGAUGCCCAGGAGGUGAAGGUGAGGAUGAGCAUGAUGUUGUCUGGUUUUGGCUGGAGAAAGGCAAGCCUCAUGAAUGCCCAGUUUGCUCUCAGUACUUUGUGCUUGAAGUGGUGGGACCUGGCGGAGAUCCUUACGGACACGGGGACGACGAACACCACCAUUAAUUUGCAUCCUUCAAAUUUCCUUCUGGAAUAAAUUCGAGAAAGAUGGAGAGACAUUGUUUAGCAUACACUGAGAGGGCUUUCCAAAAUCCUGGAGCCUAUGUUUGGUUUUGAUUUGUCUAUACCUUUGUUGUGUUGUUGCA